UCCUACGCCCCAGGCGGCCCCGCCCAAAUUUUUCUGCCUCACCUUACGGCAAAGCGGGAAACAGCCUUAGACUCUCCCUCUACUGGAGAGGGAUGUCGCAAUGUUGGGGAAGAAAACUCUGGGUUUGCGACCGUAGCUGUCGCUUUCCGGCUAAUACCGAGGUGCUUGAAGGCUGGUUGGGGUGGUGAGGCCCGAGGCAGCUUCUGGAAUUUCUGAGCAGCCCCGGCCAGUACAAGAUGGACCCCGUAGUCUUGAGUUACAUGGACAGUCUACUGCGACAAUCAGAUGUCUCACUACUGGAUCCGCCAUGCUGGCUCAAUGACCGUAUUAUUGGAUUUGCCUUUGAGUACUUUGCCAACAGUCAGUUUCAUGACUGCUCUGAUCAUGUCAGUUUCAUUAGUCCCGAAGUCACUCAGUUCAUCAAGUGCACUAGCAAUCCAGCAGAGAUGUCCCUGUUUCUUGAACCACUGGACCUCCCCCACAAGAGAGUUGUAUUUUUAGCCAUCAAUGAUAACUCCAACCAGGCAGCUGGAGGAACCCACUGGAGUUUAUUGGUCUACCUCCAAGAUAAAAAUAGCUUUUUUCAUUAUGAUUCCCAUAGCAGGAGCAACUCAAUUCAUGCAAAGCAGGUGGCAGAGAAACUGGAGGCUUUCUUAGGCAGAAAAGAAAACAAACUGGCCUUUGUGGAAGAGAAAGCCCCUGCCCAACAAAAUAGCUAUGACUGUGGGAUGUAUGUGAUAUGUAACACUGAGGCCUUGUGUCAGAACUUCUUUAGGCAACAGACAGAAUCACUGCUGCAGCUACUCACCCCUGCUUACAUCACGAAGAAAAGGGGAGAAUGGAAAGAUCUCAUUACCACACUUGCUAAAAAGUAGCUAUUGAAAUAUAUUUGUGACUUUUGAAGGCUCCUCUUUCUGCCCUUACCCAUUUGUUGGAUGGCUGCAAUCUCAGUGCCUGGGGGAAGAUGCCUGGUAGAGGAAAGUUUAAUACUCUUUUUCCUGAAAGAAUAUUAUCCUGUGUUAUCCCCAUGGAAAGUUUCACUUUAACCCUAACUUGAGAGCAAUAUGUUCUGUGAAAAUAUCUUGAAAUUGUACACCAAAACUUUACAGCCAACUUAUUUGGACAUUUAUUACACAUGAGGUUCAAGUAAGACUUUUCUUAUUGGCAUAAAAUUAAUAUCCUUUGGUCUCCCUUAUCCACAUUGGCUUAUUCUGAAGGAAAAGCAGUGAUCUGUAAAACAAAUCAAGAAUAUAUUAAAUCUAGAAGAAUGCAAGGAAGAAAACUAUAAAACAGGACCAAAAACUUGUUGCACAGCCUACAUGAUUAAGAGAUCAACUGGCUGGAGCAGAUCAAGGCCUAACUUCAUUCUAAGACCUAAAUAUUAUGAGACUGAGCUAUUCAAUUUUAUGUGAUAAUCUUGUCCAUUCACCAUGCACAGGCUUUCCAGCUAUCUGCAUAACGUUUGCAAAUAUUUGAUAAAGAUGAUGUUAGCCCAUCUUCCUCCAUCUGAUUGCUGGAAUGCUUGAAGAAAGGGGAAAUCUUGAGUAACUUCAUUAAAAUUAAUGUCUGUGGUGGACUUCUCAGUUUGCUGAUGAUUGGGUAGACUUGCUACUCUGGAUUAAUAACUGCUUUUCUCUGCCUUGUCUAUUAGCCAUGCGCAUACUUCUUUCUUUUAUCCAAAGUUCUUUGAUUCUAAAACUCAUAUAACUCAAGGUUACCUGUUAUUUCAGGUAAAUGUCCUUGCUUUUUGAUAGCUAUGGGUUUUGCUCUCUAUCCUUAAUCCUGGCAGAAUUGUUUUUAGUUAUGUCAUGGUAAUUUCAGGAUGAUUUUUGCAUCUGAAACUUACAGACUUAGAGUUGGUUUGUUUUUUAAAUAUAAAGGAAGAAAAGUGACAUUUCUCAGCCCUUUUACUUAAUUUAAAAUGCAGACAAUGUAAUUUUUUUAAAUGUGGAACCAAGAGAAAAGGAAAUGCUAUCUCUCCAAAAGCACUGAUAUGUUUCAGAUGUUUCAAAUAGUAAACAACCAGAUGAUAUGUUGGGUAUAUACGUUAAUUCUGUUCCUAAUGAGAAUUAGAUUGCAAGGCAUAUUAGACUUGAAAACCAAAGAUUAGCUUCAGCUAUGAAACUUAUUUCAGCUACCUCUCCAGCCUAACCCUGUCCUCAGCCCACAUGGCCCAAAAUAACCUCACCACUCAGUGACCACAGAGAAAGUAACUUGGUUCCUUUUAGCCAAGAAGGGAAAACAGAGUAAGUGUAAAUAAGUGCAGGUUACAUAGCAGGCCUGAGUGAGCAGGAGUUGAAACUAGAAGUCAAAGAGAAAGCUAUCAAAAAAAGUUUCCAUUUCAAGUCGGUACAUUUUGGAUAAAAACCAGUCCUAAUGGAAGAUGGGGCUAGGAAAAAGAUUAGGAAUUGGCAGUCAUCCAUAGAGGUGAAAUACAGAGGGAGGGACAGCAAGAGAAGUGACAAAGGUCGCUGAUAGGCCACAAGUGUAGAUAAAGAUAAGAAAACAAUGUUAUUUCAGUGACUGUUGACUUAGGCAGUCAAUCAAUAGACUAUUAAAGUCAAAUCUUCUCUGGGAAAAGUUAUCUUCCUGACAAUGCAAAGUAUGUUUAUUUAAAUAUCAGAGUAUCUCCAAUUUGAGAGUUAAAGCGUGUGAGAGCAAUCUUUCCUAACUCCCUCAGAUUCAUUUCAUAAAUAAAUUAUUUUUUUAAUAAAUUAUUUUUUUAACUAGUCUUUUAAAUAUAUAUAGGAAAAAUAUAUAUAUAUACACAUGUAUAGACAUAUAUAUACAUAUACAUGUAUGUAUGUGUAUACAUAUAUAUUAAAUCUAGGGUCACCUUUUCUAAAUGCAUUAGUCAGAUUGGACUGAGCCACAGAUUAGUGUCCUCCUACGAAAUUUUGAGUAUGUCAUUUGUAAAUGUUAGCAUUAUAAAUGACAGGAGAAUGUAAGAAUUGUAUUGCACUGAUGCUUUAGUACCCAAUAAGUUACACGCCUGCUUGACCACAAACCAUUCAUGUUACAUGACACAAAAUAGGAAAAAAAUCUUUUGCUGAUAUUGCAUUCCCUUCUCUCUUAAAGUAUCUAUUCUGCAAAAGGGAUCCAUUCUGCAAAAUUAAUCAAAAUAUUCAAAAGGAAAGCAGGUUUUUCAAAGCCAGGUUAAGCAAUUAUCAAACUGAACUAACCUGUUUUUAGAUAUCCUGUUGUAUUGCCCAGUAAGUAUACUUACACUUGUCCAACCCGUGUCUUUCAAUAUGGAAUUCAGAAAGGUUAAUAUAUGUAAACGCAGCUAUAAGGGUUGUAAAAAAUAUAACUAUCAGUGGGUUUCCUGUGUAGUAGUGUUUAAAACACAAAUAUUUCAACCAUUUGGUGAGGUGUAUGUUGAAGUUCACAAGCACUGGUCCCAACUAGAUUAGAUAAAGUGGAUUAUAUUUCUGAUAUGUACCUUAUGAUUUUGACUAUACUAUAAUUCUAUAUCCAUAUUGACCAUAUGGUUUAGUAACACAGUUUAUUGAAAUGACAAAGUAUUUCUCAGUUACAUGGGGUAGGCCAGACGUGGUGGCUCACACCUGUAAUCCUAGGACUUCGGGAAGCCAAGGCAGGUGGAUCACCUGAGGUCAGGAGUUCGAGACCAACCUGUCCAACAUGGCAAAAUCCCAUCUCUACUAAAAAUAUAUACAUUAGCCCGGCAUAGCCAGGCACGGUGGCUAACACCUGUAAUCCCGGCACUUUGGGAGGCCAAGGUGGGCAGAUCACCUGAGGUCAGGAGUUCAAGAUUCAGCCCAGCCUAGCCAACAUGGCAAAGCCUGGUCUCCACUAAAAAUACAAAAAUUAGCCAGGUGUGUUGGCGGGUGCCCAUAAUCCCAGCUACUCAGGAGACAGGCAGGAGAAUUGCUUGAACCCGGGAGACAGAGGUUGCAGCGAGCUGAGAUCGCACCACUGCACUCCAGCCUGGGCAACAGAGCAAGACUCUAUUUCAAAAAAAGAAAAUACUUAACAGAAAUGUAUAUUCUAUAAUGUUAAAACAUGAAUGUCAAAUCCAGGCUCUGUCAGUGAGAUUCGGUAGUUUCAUCUACAAAAUGAAGACAGUAGUUUGUUUAGGCAGGUAUUAUAAGGUUAAAUAUCAUAUGUAAAGUACAUAGUAAAUAUCACAUGUAAAGUACACAGUAGGCACUAAAACCUUAUUUUCCUUCUGUCCUACUACUCAGUUCCAUUUUAAGACUAAUAAGUUUGAAAACCUAGUUUUACAUUGCUAUGCAGCUAAACAGCUAUGUAAAAAAUGGCUGAUAAUUACUGUUAUGUACAGAAGAGAAAUUUAUUCAAGGAUUGUAAAAAGCAACAACUAACCUUUCUAUCACUCUGUAAUGUGCAGGGUGCUUUAUGCACACAUUAUGCAAGUGCCUUGCAUAUUAUAUUUAUAUGCAUCAUAUAUAUAUAUCACCAUAUAUAUAAAGUAGCUUGUACAUUUUUGAGGUUCUAUAAAAAUACAUAAUUUGAUUAAUUCUUACGUUCUCAUGUUUCAACAGGUACUGUUAUUCCCAUUUUAUAAAUAAAAAACUCAGAAGCUCAGUCACAUGGCCUCUAUCUCAUCUCACACUUUUUCCACCUAUUCCUUUCUCCCUGUCCUAGAAAAUGGGAGGAACUCCACACCUGAACAUUUUAUUUAUUUUUUAUUGCAUUUUAGGUUUUGAGGUACCUGUGAGGAACAUGCAAGAUUGCUGCAUAGGUACACACAUGGCAGUGUAAUGUGCUGCCUUCCUCCCCAUCACCUAUAUCUGGCAUUUCUCCCCAUGCUAUCUCUCCCCAACUCCCCACCCCCUGCUGUCCCUCCCCUAUUUCCCCCGACAGACCUCAUUAUGUGAUGCUCCCCUCCCUAUGUCCAUGUGUUCUCAUUGUUCAACACCCACCUAUCAGUGAGAACAUGUGGUGUUUGAUUUUCUGUUCUUGUGUCAGUUUGCUGAGAAUGAUGGUUUCCAGGUUCAUCCAUGUCACUACAAAGGACAUGAACUCAUCGUUUUUUAUGCCUGCAUAGUAUUCCAUGGUGUAUAUGUGCCACAUUUUCCCUGUCUAGUCUAUCAUCGGUGGGCAUUUGAGUGGUUCCAGGUCUUUGUUAUUGUAAACAGUGCUGCAAUGAACAUUUGUGUGCAUGUGUCCUUAUAGUAGAAAGAAUUAUAAUCCUUUGGAUAUAUACCCAGUAAUGGGAUUGCUGGGUCAAAUGGAAUUUCUAUUUCUAGGUCCUUGAGGAAUCGCCACACUGUCUUCCACAAUGGUUGAACUAAUUCACACUCCCACCAACAGUGUAAAAGUGUUCCUAUUUCUCCACAUCCUCUCCAGCAUCUGUUGUCUCCAGAUUUUUUAAUGAUCGCCAUUCUAACUGGCAUGAGAUGGUAUCUCAAUGUAGUUUUGAUUUGCAUUUCUCUAAUGAUCAGUGAUGAUAAGCACUUUUUCAUAUGUUUGUUGGCCUCAUGUAUGUCUUCUUUUGAAAAGCAUCUGAUAUCCUUCGCCCACUUUUGAAUGAGCUUGUUUUUUUCUUAUAAAUCUCUUUUAGUUCUUUGUAGAUUCUAGAUAUCAGCCCUUUGUCAGAUGGGUAGAUUGCAAAAUUUUUUCCCAUUCUGUUGGUUGCCAAUUCACUUUAAUGACUGUUUCUUUUACUGUGCAGAAGCUGUGGAGUUUGAUUAGGUCCCAUUUGUCUAUUUUGGCUUUUGUUGCCAAUGCUUUUGGUGUUUUGGUCAUCCAUGCCUAUGCCUAUGUCCUGAAUGGUUUUGGCUAGAUUUUCUUCUAGGGUUUUUAUGAUGUUAGGUCUUAUGUUUAAGUCUUUAAUCCAUCUGGAGUUAAUUUUAGUGUAAGGUGUCAGGAAGGGGUCCAGUUUCUGCUUUCUGCACAUGGCUAGCCAGUUUUCCCAACACCAUGUAUUAAACAGGGAAUCCUUGCCCCAUUGCUUGUUUUUGUCAGGUUUGUCAAAGAUCAAAUGGUUGUAGAUGUGUGGUGUUGCCUCUGAUGGCUCUGUUCUGUUCCAUUGGUCUAGAUCUCUGUUUUGGUACCAGUACCAUGCUGUUUUGAUUACUGUAGCCUUGUAGUAUACUUUGAAGUCUGGUAGUGUGAUGCCUCCAGUUUUGUUCUUUUUGCUUAGAAUUGACUUGGCUAUGUGGGUUCUCUUUUGGUUUCAUAUGAAGUUUAAGGUGGUUUUUUUUUCCAGUUCUGUGAAGAAGGUCAAUGGUAGCUUGCUAGGGAUAGCACUGAAUCUGUAAAUUACUUUGGGCAGUAUGGUCAUUUUCACGAUACUGAUUCUUCCUAACCAUGAGCAUGAAAUGUUUCUCCAUCUGUUUGUGUCCUCUCUUAUUUCCUUGAGCAGUGGUUUGCAGUUCUCCUUGAAGAGGUCCUUUACAUUCCUUGUUAGUUGUUUUCCUAGGGAUUUUAUUCUCUUUGUAGCAAUUGUGAAUGACAGUUCAUUCUUGAUUUGGCUCUCUUUAAGUCUGUUAUUGGUGUAUAGGAAUGCUUGUGAUUUUUGCACAUUGAUUUUGUAUCCUGAGACUUUGUUGAAGUUGCUUAUCAGUUUCAGGAGAUUUUGGGCUGAGACAAUGGGGUCUUCUAAAUAUACAAUCGUGUCGUCUGCAAAUAGAGACAAUUUGACUUCCUCCUUUCCUAAUUGAAUACCCUUUAUUUCUUUUUCUUGCCUGAUUGCUCUGGCUAGAACUUCCAAUACUAUAUUGAAUAGGAGUGGUGACAGGGCAUCCUUGUCUAGUGCCAGAUUUCAAAGGGAAUGCUUCCAGUUUUUGCCCAUUCAGUAUGAUAUUGGCUGUUGGUUUGUCGUAAAUAGCUUUUAUUAUUUUGAGAUAUGUUCCAUCAAAACCUAGUUCAUUGAGGGUUUUUAGCAUAAAACGCUGUCGAAUUUUGUCAAAGGCCUUCUCUGCAUCAAUUGAGAUAAUCGUGGUUUUUGUCUUUGGUUCAGUUUAUGUGGGGAAUUACAUUUAUAGACUUGCAUAUGUUGAACCAGCCUUGCAUCCUUGGGAAGAAGCCUACUUGAUCAUGGUGGAUAAGCUUUUCGAUGUGCUGUUGCAAUUGGUUUGCCAAUAUUUUAUUGAAGAUUUUUGCGUCUAUGUUCAUCAUGGAUAUUGGCCUGAAGUUUUCUUUUCUUGCUGAAUCUCUGCCAGGUUUUGGUAUCAGGAUGAUGUUGGUCUCAUAAAAUGAUUUGGGAAGGAUUUCCUCUUUUUGGAUUGUUUUGAAUAGUUUCAGAAGGAAUGGUACCAGCUCCUCUUUGUAUGUCUGCUAGAAUUUGACUGUGAACACAUCUGGACCUGGGCUUUUUUUGGGUGGUAGGCUCUUAAUUGCUGCCUCAAUUUCUGCCCUUGUUAUUAGUCCAUUCAGGGUUUCGACUUCUACCUCAUUUAGGCUUGGGAGGAUGCAAGUGUUCAGGAAUUUAUCCAUUUCUUCCAGGUUUACCAAUUUAUGUGCAUAGAGUUGUUUGUAAUAAUCUCUGAUGAUGGUUUGUAUUUCUGUGGAAUCUGUGGGGAUAUCCCCUUUAUCAUUUUUUAUUGCAUCUAUUUGAUUAGUCUCUCUUUUCUUUUUUAUUAAUCUGGCUAGUGGUCCAUUUAUUUUAUUGAUCUUUUCGAAAAACCAGCUCCUGGAUUUAUUGAUUUUUUUCAAAGGGUUUUUUUUGUGUCUCUUAUCUCCUUCAGUUCUGCUCUGAUCUUAGUUAUUUCUUGUCUUCUGCUAGGUUUUGAGUUUUUUUGAUCUUGCUUCUCUAGCUCUUUCAAUUUUGACAAUAGGGUGUCAAUUUUAGAUCUUUCCUUACUUCUCAUGUGGGCAUUUAUUGCUAUAUAUUUUCCUGUAGACACUGCUUUAAAUGUGUCCCAGAGAUUCUGGUAUGUUGUGUCUUCAUGCUCGUUGGUUUUGAAGAACAUCUUUAUUUCUGCCUUCAUUUCAUGGUUUAUCCAGUCAACAUUCAAGAGCCAGUUGUUCAGUUUCCAUGAAGCUGUGCGGUUCUGAGUUAGUUUCUGAAUUCUGAGCUCUAACUUGAUUGCACUGUGGUCUGAGAGACUGUUUGUUAUGAUUUCCAUUCUUUUGCAUUUGCUGAAGAGUGAUUUACUUCCAAUUAUGCGGUCAGUUUUACAGUAGGUGUGAUGUGGUGCUGAGAAGAAUGUAUAUUCUGUGGAUUUGGGGUGGAGAGUUCUGUAAAUAUCUAUUAGGUUUGCUUGGUCCAGGUCUGAGGUCAAGUUCUGGAUAUCCUUGUUAAUUUUCUGUCUGGUUGAUCUGUCUAAUAUUGGCAAUGGGGUGUUAAAGUCUCCCACUGUUAUUGUGUAGGAGUCUAAGUCUCUUCAUAAGUCAUUAAGAACUUGCUUUAUGUAUCUGGGUACUCCUGUAUUGGGUACGUAUAUAUUUAGGAUCCGUAGCUCUUCUUGUUGCAUUGAUCCUUUUACCAUUAUGUAAUGUCCUUCUUUGUCUCUUUCAAUCUUUGUUGGUUUAAAGUCUAUUUUAUCAGAGACGAGAAUUGCAACUCCUGCUUUUUUUUUUUUUGCUCUCCAUUUGCUUGGUAAAUCUUCCUCCAUCCCUUUAUUUUGAGUCUUUGUGUAUCCUUGCAUGUGAGAUGGGUUUCCUGGAUACAGCACACUGGUGGGUUUUGGCUUUUUAUCCAAUUUGCCAGUCUGUGUCUUUUGAUUGGGAUAUUUAGCCCAUUUACAUUUAGGGUCAAUAUUGUUAUGUGUGAAUUUGAUCCUGCCAUUUUGAUGCUAGCUGGCUAUUUUGCCCAUUAGUUGAUGCCGUUUCUUCAUUGUGUUGAUGCUCUUUACCAUUUGAUAUGUUUUUGGAAUGCCUGGUACCGGUUGUUCCUUUCUAUGUUUAGUGCCUUUUUCAGAGCUCUUGUAAAACAGGCCUGGUGAUGAUGAAAUCUCUGAGUAAUUGCUUGUUCAUAAAGGAUUUUAUUUCUCCUUCACUUAUGAAGCUUAGUUUGGCUGGAUAUGAAAUUCUGAGUUGAAAGUUCUUUUCUUUAAGGAUGUUGAAUAUUGGCCCCCACUCUCUUCUGGCUGGUAGGGUUUCUGCUGAGAGAUCUACUGUGAGUCUGAUGGGCUUCCCUUUGUGGGUAACUCGACCUUUCUCUCUGGCUACCCUUAGCAUUUUCUCCUUCAUUCCACCCUGGUGAAUCUGAUGAUUAUGUGCCUUGGGGUUGCUCUUCUUGCGGAAUAUCUUUGUGGUGUUCUCUGUUCCUGGACUUGAAGAUUGGCUUGCCUUUCUAGGUUGGGGAAGUUUUUCUGGAUAAUAUCCUGAAGAGUAUUUUCCAGCUUGGAUUUAUUCUCUCCAUCACAUUCAGGUACACCUAUCAAAUGUAGAUUAGGUCUUUUCACAUAGUCCCAUAUUUCUUGGAGAUUUUAUUCAUUCCUUUUUACACUUUUUUCUCUAAUCUUGCCUUCUCGUUUUAUUUCAUUGAGUCGAUCUUCAACCUCUGAUAUCCUUUCUUCUGCUUGGUCAAUUCAGCUGUUGUGUAUGCUUCACAAAGUUCUUGUGUUGUGUUUUUCAGCUCCAUCAAUUCACUUAUAUUCCUCUCUAAGCUGUUUAUUCUCAUUAGCAUUUGGUCAAAUCUUUUUUCAAGGUUUUUAGUUUCUUUGCAUUGGGUUAGAAAAUGUUCUUUUAGCUCAAAGAUGUUUCUUAUUACCCACCUUCUGAAGCCUGAUUUUGUCAAUUCAUCACACUCAUUCUCCAUCCAGCCUUGUUCCCUUGCUAGUGAGAAGUUAUGAUCCCUUGUAGGAGGAGAGGCAUUCUGGUUUUGGGUGUUUUCAUCCUUUUUGUGCUGGUGUCUUCCCAUCUUUGUGGAUUUAUCCACCUGUUGUCUUUGUAGUUGUUGACUUUAAGAUUGGGUCUCUGAGUGGACAUCCAGUUUGUUGAUGAUGAAGUUAUUUCUUUCUAUUUCUUAGUUUUCUUUCUAACAGUCAGGCCCCUCUGCUGUAGGACUGCUGGAGGUCCACUCCAGACCUUUCUUGCCUGGAGCUCACCUGCAGCCACCACAGAACAGUAAGGGUUGCUGCCAGUUUCUUCUUCUGCUAUCUUUGUCCCAGAAGGAUACCUGCCAGAUGUCAGUCUGAGCUCUCCUUUAUGAGGUGACUCUUUGGAUCUAUGUGGGUCAGGGAGCUGCUUGAGGAGACAGUCUGUCCUUUAUAGGAGCUCAAGUGCUGAGCUGUGAGCUCUGUUGUUCAUCCAGAGCUGCUAGGCAGGUACGUUUAAGUUUGCUGCAGCAGAACUCAAACACCUUUUUUUUUCCCCAGGUCCUCUGUCCCGGGGAGUUAGGGCUUUAUUUAUAAGUUUCUGUCAUGCUGCUGCCUUUUUUCAGGGCUGCCCUGCCCAGCGAGGAGGCAGCCUAGUCACAGUUGGCCUGCAGAGGCUUUGCUGAGCCGCCGUGGGCUCCCCCCAGCUGCUGUGUGAACUUCCCUGCAGUCCUGUUCAUACGGGUGUAGUUAGAACUGCCUCGGCAAUGGUGGCCCACCUCUGUAAUGGUGGACUCUCUCUGUAAUGGCAGGCUGCCUUGGCAAUGACAGGCUACGUCUGUAGUGAUGGACUGCCUCAGUAAUGGCAGACGCCCUGCCCCAUAGAGCUGGUCCGUCCUGGGUUCAGCUGUGCUUGCUGUGAAACACUCAGCCCAGAGCAUUUCAGAUUGCUGUUUUUUUGUGGGGAUGGGACCAGCCAAGCCUGAUCACCUGGCUCCCUGCCUCAGACCCCCCUUUUUUUUUUUUUUUUUUUUUUUUCAGUUGAAAAGGCGUUGGGAUCUGUGUGAUUUCCCAUGGGGCGACCCACUGCUCUGGCUGAAAUAGCCGUGCUGAGAUUCGUGAUGCUUUUUUGCCUGAGAAUCUCCUGGCCUGGCUCCCUGUGUCAGUCCCCUGUUUUAUCAGCUGAAUGGGUGACUCUGUCUCCCAGGAGCUCCAAUCACCAGCUAAAAUGGUACCCGGACCCAUGUUGGCAACCCAUGGGGCUCCUCCACCUGGGAAUCUCCUGGUCUGUGGGCAAUAAAAAUCUGUCUGGAAAUGCAGCGUCCACUCACCCUCCCCACUUUCGCUGGGAGUUGGCUGCAAUCCUGAGCUGCUCCUAAUCAGCCAUCUUGGAUCCGUCUCCCACACUUGAACAUUUUAAAUGUAAUCUAGCCUCAAUUUCUAAGUUUCAUAUAUUCAACUGGUAUGUUACAGAAACUAAUAGUGAGAAAUUGUCAUCUGAAUUAACUGCUAGGCAGCAGGACCUAUAUAAUAAACUGCAAAGGGCUAAUAUCCGGAAUCUAUGAAGAACUUAAAUUUUAAAAAAUAACUGUGAUCUCAGCUCACUGCAACCCCUGCCUCCUGGGUUCAAGCAAUUCUCCCAGGUUCAAGUGAUUCUCCUACCUCAUUCUCCCAAGUAGCUGGGAUUACAGGUGCACGCUACCACACCCGCUAAUUUUUAUAUUUUUAGUAGAGAGGAAGUUUCACCAUGUUGCCUAGGCUUUCAAACUCCUGAUCUCAGGUGAUCUUCUUGCCUUGGCCUUCAGUAAUGCUGGAAUUACAGGUGUGAGCCACCACACCCAGCCUAUAUUUUAUUUUAUUUUAUUUUGAGACAGAGUCUCACUCUGUUGCCAGGCUAGAGUGCAGUGGUGCAAUCUCAGCUCACGGCAGUCUCUGCCUCCUGGGUUCAAGCAGUUCUCCUUUGUCAGCCUCCCAAGUACUGGGACUACAGGCGCACACUACCAUGCCCAGCUAAUUUUUUGUAUUUUAGUAGAGACGAGGUUUCACCAUUUUGCCCAGGUUGAUCUCAAGCUCUUGAGCUCAGGCAAUCUGCCCGCCUCAGCCUUCCAAAGUGCUAGGAUUACAGGCAUGAGCCACAACAUCCAGCCUCCCCCAUCUUUAAAAAUAAAUAGAAGUGUGACCCCAUGUCUCCCUCUAGAUAUUGACCUUUUGCUUUUCUUCACAGCCAGCUCUGAAGUAUCUGUAGUCAAUCACAAUUCCUCACUUCCAUCCCACUUUUCUACCCAGUUUAAUCUGGAUUCUGCCCCCACUACUUUACAAAGCAUUCUCAAUAAGAUCACUAGUAGUUUCUAUUUUAUUAGGCCUCUUAACAACAUUAAACCCUCCUUUCUGGUUUUCCUCUUCUCUAAAAUCACUUUUUUUUUGGACAGGAUCUGUCACCCAGGCUGGCACUCUCAUAGCUCACUGCAGCCUCGAAUUCCUAGGCUCAAACGAUCCUCCCAACUCAGCCUCCUGAGAAGCUGAGACUACAUGUGCAUGCCACCACACCCAUCUUGAUCAGUCUCUUAGUUGCCAGUUCUUUACUUGCUAUAGCUUCUCAGGGUUUUGUCCCAUAAGCCCUCUUCUCUUCAGCCUGUACAUACUUGCUAGUCUCUCCCAUUCACUACCAGAGUCAAUGACAGAUUGAGGCACUUCACACAUACACUUCUCUCCUAAACUUCAACCUGUAAUCCAUUGAUCUGCCUGCUAGACAUCUUCACUUAGAGAUUUCUUAGGCUCCUCAAACCCAACAAACCCCCAAACUCCUCUUGCCUCAUCAAACUUGUUCCAUCAGUGUUCCACACCUUGGAAAAUGGCACCACUGUGCAAGCCAGCUCCAGCCAGAAAUCUAGGAGUCAUCCUUGGCUUUCCUCUCACUUCACAUUUAUCAGCCUCCUAGUCCUGUUGAUCUUUAUCUUAAGGAUCCUUUAAAUCCAUAUAUUUCUAUUGCCAGUGCUACCACUCAAGUCCAGACAACCAUGACCUCUCAUCUGGGUUACUAGACUAGCUUCUAAAGGAGUCUUCAGUGUUCACUUACACUCUUCACCCCUACUCCACUUUAUAUUCUGCCAUUAUCUUUAAGAAAGCUCUGUAUAACCUGGUCCCUCCCCGCUUUCCCUGCCUCUUUGCAAGCCUUACCACUCUUGCCUUAGCUUUCUGUCCUCCAGCCCUGCGGGCCUUUUUUUAGUUCCACAAACACGCACAUUCUUUUCUCCCCUUCCAACCUCCCUACUUGCUGUUCCUUCCUGCGCUCUUUCCCAUAGUCCUCAACAGAGAAACUUCUAUGUCAUCUCUUCCUCAAAUAAAUCAUCCCCAGUACAGCUGACUAGUUUUCUUGCCUUGUUAAUUCCUCUUGAAUCAUGAAUCUUUUCAGUGUCCCCAAAUCACAUAUAAUUUUUGGUGUCGUGUCCCUCUUUCCCACUAACCUACAAGAGCCAUGGAGGCCAGGGACCAUGUCUGACUCAUUCACUAUUGAAUCCCUGCAGUUUAAUAUAGUGCCUGGCACAUAAACAUUAUUUGUCGAAUGGAUAAAUGAGAACAUAGAAGCUGUUUCUCAAAGAAAAAAUAACAGUCCAUCAUCCUCCCUGGCCUAGCAGCAGAAGACAACAUGCAACAUUCAUCAGUAGAACUUUUCAUGCUUGCUUAAGAGCAAGCUCAGGGGUUGAUGAACUUAAGCAACCUGACAGAAAAUAAGGAACUCCCUAAACUUGAACAUCUAACUGUGGACAUCUCGCCAGUUUAUUUGCUGAGUUCAGAGAGUUUCUCACAUUUUAUAUAGUUGUAAUCCAUGUCUGAGCACUAUCUUAGUUCUGCUUUUUACAGAUUUCCACCCUUAAUUACUGCUUACUUGUGUUUAAAGGUAAUGUGGUUACAUUAUAUUAAUGGAUUGUUAUUUUCUUGGCCAUUUCCCCACAGCCGGGCUUUUUUGUUUGUUCUGGUUUGAGAUUGUCAUGAAUAGCAGGGCUACAAACAUUCUUUUUUUUUUUUUUUUUUUUUUUUUUUUUUGAGGUGGAGUUUCACUGUUGUUACCCAGACUGGAGUGCAAUGGCACGAUCUCAGCUCACCACAACCUCUGCCUUCUGGGUUCAAGCAAUUCUCCUGCCUCAGCCUCCCGAGUAGCUGGGACUAUAGGCGCACACCACCAUGCCCAGCUAAUUUUUGUAUUUUUAGUAGAGACGGGGUUUCACCUUGCUGACCAGGAUGGUCUCGAUCUCAUCACCUCGUGAUCCACCCGCCUCGGCCUCCCAAAGUGCUGGGAUUAUAGGCGUGAGCCACCGCACCCGGCCCAAACAUUCUUCAUAAGUAACUUAUUUCACAUGUUCUCCUUGAAUGCAAAGUGGGAUUAAGAUGUCAAAACAUGAACAGUUUAUAUCCUAUCGUAUAGAUAGCCAGAGAAUUGUCUAAAAAGAAAGAAUCAAGAUAUAGUACCAUCAAAAUUCUAUGAUACAAACCUAUCUCUAGUUCCAUAUAGCCCUACCAACAUAGGGGGUGGGUUGUUUUCUUUUUUUAGAGAGAGAGUCUUAAUGUGUCACCCAGGCUGGAAUGUAGUGCUACAAUCAUAGCUUACUGCAGCCUUGAACUCAGGCUCCAGCAAUCCUCCAACCUCAGCCUCCCAAGUAACUUGGACUACGGGGACACACCACCAUACCCGACUGAUUUUUUAUUCUUUUAGAGACAAGGUCUUGCAAUGUUGCCCAGGCUGGUCUUGAACUCCUGGCCUCAAGUGAUCCUCCUGCUUCCCAGAGUGUUGGGAUUACAGGCAUGGCCAACAUUCGGUUUUGCAUUUGCUACAUGUAUUUCUUGAAGCUUAACAGAAAACUAAUAUUUUUUUAGGUAUUUCUGUGUGUCAGAAACAUUAAGGAUUUGACAUGAAGUUUCCCAUUUAAUAAAUCACCAUAAACCUAUAAGGACUAUUCGUAUCUCUCUUUUAGAGAUGAGGAAACUAAGGCUUAGAGUUGUCCAAGUAAAUCGAAGGAGUUUCAAUGUAGAUGUACUGAUUCCAGAACCUGUAUUCUUAACUACUAUGCUGUACUGUCUCUCCUGGUUGUUAGUGUCAGUGUUUUUUCUGUUUUAUUUGACAGGAAAAAUUGUUAAUAAACUCUAUAACCUUUCUGAUUUCCAGGAGUGUGGUAUAAUUUAUUGCUAGAGAGCUUGUUUCGUUGAGGUAAACAUCUAGAUGGAGCUUUUUGAUUAAGAAAGGUCAACCCCCAGGGUUUAGCCUGUGUAGGCCAGGACAAUACAAGAGAGAUCAGUUACUUCAAAUAAUACAGUGAAAUAAAUGUGGAUUUUCAUCAGAUGCCCUAGAGAAAGAGAAUGAGGCCUAGGAAAGAAAGAAGUAGGGAAAGGUUAAUGAAGAGAACUGAGAUGAAAAGCAUUCUGGAAAAAUGGCAGGAGACAGGGGCCUACCAGAAGACAUGGCCAUGGAGAAGUUCCCUACUAUGUAGAGAACGGCUGUUCAAUUUCUGUAAGCAAUCAUCUAUGUAUUGAAUUUGAAGUUUUCUGCUUUGUGACAUAGCCUUCCAUUAACUAAACCUUUCAUGCAAUUUGGAUAUACUCAACCAUGUUGGUGGGGGAUCAUUCGGAGGUAUGAAAGGUGAGGAGUGGCACAUGAUGAGGCAAAAAGGAAAUAGUCAAAGGGACAGGGGACAAGCAGGCUGCGUCACAUCUGCAGGAGGCAUGGAAGGAACCGUGGAAACUCUUGGAGAAACUGAGGUCUCAGGACUUCCCCACAGUGGUUAGAAAUGGGUCUCAGGCCAUUUUGUAUUGAAAGAGUGAUCCUUAAACACUAAAUUAUUUGGAGUUGUCCAAGUUGGAAAUUUCUGGGUUACACUGAAGUGGGAAGGAGCUUUUCUUGAACCACAGUAAAAUAAAUUUGACAUAUUAGCAGCAUUUGUCACAGCCUCUGCCUUGAUGUAUGGUAUGAAAUAAUUAGCUUCCAGGAUACCAAACUCUUCUGGUUUUCCUCCUUCUCAUCAGGCAUCCUUAGUUUCCUUUUGCUAGUUCUUCCUUUUCUUCCUGAUCUUUUAUUAACAAUGUGUGACAGGGUUCAGUUGUUCAUUCUUUCUUCUGUCUACAGACUCGGUCCCUGGACCUCAUCCAGUCCCAUGCUUUUAAACACCAUCCAUAUGGUGACAGCUCCCAAAUUUACUUACUUACUUACUUACGUACUUAUUUGAGAUGGAGUUUCGCUCUUGUUACCCAGGCUGGAGUGCAGAGGCGCUUUCUCGGCUCACCGCAACCUCCACCUCCUGGGUUCAAGCGAUUCUUCUGCCUCAGCCUCCUAAGUAGCUGGGAUUACAGACAUGCACCACCUCUCCCAGCUAAUUUUGUAUUUUUCGUAGAAACAGGGUUUCUCCAUCUUGGUCAGGCAGGUCUCGGACUCACAACCUCAGGUGAUCCACCCACCUCGACCUCCUUUGCAAAGUGCUGGGAUUACAGGCAUGAACCACCAUACCCGGCAUUUUUUUUUUUUUUUGAGAUGGAGUCUUGCUCUGUCACCAUGCUGGAGUGCAGUGGCAUGAUCUCAGCUCACCACAACCUCUGCCUUCUGGGUUCAAGCAGUUCUCCUGCCUCAGCUUCCUGAGUAGCUGGGACGACAGUCAUGUGCCACCAUGCCUAGCUAAUUUUUGUAUUUUUAGUAAAGACGGGGUUUCACCAUGUUAGCCAGGAUGGACUUGAUCUCUUGACCUUGUGAUCCACCUGCCUCAGCCUCCCAAAGUGCUGGGAUUACAGGCGUGAGCCAACCCACCCAGCCAACAGUUCCCAAAUUUUUAUCUCCCAGACUUCUUUCCUGAACCCCAGACUCAGAUAGCCUAUUGCCCACUUGACAUCCCACCACUUGGAUGUCUAAAACUCAGCUCAAACUGAGUAUGUCCAGUACUGCAUUUCUGAUCCUCCUUCCAAAAAGCUUUACCACUCAUGGCUUUCUCCUCCUCCAUUCUUUCAAGCCAAAAAACAUGAAGUCAUCCUUAUGACUCCUUUUCUGUUAUACUCCAUAUCCAGUGUAACAGGCAGUCCUGUCAUUUCUAUAUUCAGAAUAUAUCUAGAAUCUGCCUGUUACCACCAUCUCUACUUCUGCCGCCCUAGUCAGAGUCAUCAUCUUCCCUAACUUUAAGGAAGAAUUUCUCCUAACUUAUCUCCCUGCUUCCACCUUUCCCUCCCUAGCAGUCAAGUUUGAUCUUUUUGAAAUCUGAAUAACAAAAGAUUAUUGUUCACUCAUCUGCUCCCCAUUUCACCGGGAGUCAAAACCACAGUUCUUACAAUGAUCUUAUAUGAUCUCCCAGCCUUCCCCCUUUGACUUCAUCUAGUUCUGGCCCUUCUUGUUCUCUGUCUUCCAGCUACACCUGUAUCCUUCAGCUGCGCUUGCAUCCUUGCUGUUCCUGAACAAGCCAGGCACCCUCCCUUCCACCUUAGACUUUUUGCAUUGGCAAAAAGUCUACCUGGAAUAUUACACAAAGCUUAUUCUCUCAUUUCUUUUUCUUUUUUCUUUUUUUUGGUGGGGGCGGGGUACAGAGUCUCACUCUGUCACUGGAGUGCAGCGGCACAAUCUUGGCUCACCACAACCUCCACCUCCCAGACUCAAGCAAUUCUCCUGCCUCAGCCUCCUGAGUAGCUGGGAUUACAGGCUUGCACCACUACUGCCCAGCUAAUUUUUUUAUUUUUAGUAGAGAGAGGGUUUCACCACGUUGGCCAGGGUGGUUUCAAACUCCUGACUUCAAACAAUCCACCCGCCUGGGCCUCCCCAAGUGCUGGGAUUACAGAUGUGUGCCAGCCCUAUUGUCUCAUUUCUUAGAAGUCUACUUAAUAUCAACUUCUCUGUUGGACCUUCCCUGAUAAUCAUCAUCUAAUUGUGUUGCCUAUAAGCAUUUCCAAUCCUUCUUUUCCUGUUUUUUUGUUCUUUCUUCUUCAUCAUUUAUCACCUUCUAACAUACAUAUAAUUUAUCCUAGUUACUUAUUGUCUCUGUCCCCUCAUCACUAGAAUACACAGACUCCACGAAGGCAAAGACCUGUGUUUGCUUUGUUCACUAAUAUAUUCCAUGCUCUUAGCACAGUGCCGAGUCACUGUAGUCAAUAAUAAUUACUUUGUUAAAAAAAAAUCUGGGCUGGGCAUAGUGGCUCAUGCCUAUAAUCUCGACCCUUUGGGAGGCCAAAGUGGGCGGAUCACUUGAGGUCAGGAGUCCGGGACUACCCUGACCAACAUGGUAAAACGCCAUCUCUACUAAAAAUACAAAAAUUAGCCGGGUAUGAUGGUAGGCAUUUGGAAUCUCAGGUACCUGGGAGGCUGACGUAGGAGAAUCACUUGAAACCAGGAGGUGGAAGUUGCAGUGAGCCGAAAUGCACCACUACACUCCACCCUGGGUGACAGAGCAAGACUCCAUCUCAAAAAAAAAAAAAAAAACCACCCCUACCAACGGAAUGAAAACAGGAAUCUAAAGGCAUUUUCCUUUAGGCCAGGAAUCAGCAAAAUUUUCCUUAAAGGGUCAGAUAUGGUCAGAUGGUCUCUGUCAUAACUACUCAGCCCUGCCAUUGGAGCUCUAGAGCAGCCAGAGAGAGUACGUAAACAAAUGGGCAUGGCUGAGUUCCAUUAAAACUGUGUAUUUGCAAAAAGCUGGCCAAGGCCGUACAGCAGUCUGUACUUAGCUGAUUCCUGCUUUAGACAAAGACACAUCUUGGCAAACCAGCUCUCUUCAUUGAUAGGCCGGGCUGUAUUCAUCCCCUCUCCCAAUUGCCAAAAACAAAAUUGUAGAAGGGUGAAUGCAAACCUAGCAAAAUUAUAGAUCACUAGCUUCUCUGCCCACAUGCACAUUAGGGGCAUUCCUUACUCAAUGUGCCCGUUGGCUAAGUUGUGAUUUGGGAGGUGAAGUAGAGAGAGAAAUCCUGCUAUCAGCCACUUUCCUGCUAAUGAGUUUUGAGCACAUUAUCUGUAGCUCUGGAAUAUUCUCUAGAGAUUUCUAAUAGGCAGGAUGAUCUGCUUCUGAAGCCUCUUUUCUUUAUGCCAUCAAUUCUUUGGCACUGACGAUGAAUUUCCUGUGGCAAGGAAACCAUUUUUUACUUUUAUCAGCUAUUCUGAAAGUCAGUAGACUGACGCAGUUAUGAAAAUACCUGCCAAUAUUAUAAGGUCCAGGCCCUAAUUUCCUGCCUUCUAAAGCAAUGAUACUCAAUUAAGGGUAGUUUACUCUGGAGACACAGGUUGUCAUAACCAGGGGUGGGGGCUGCUACUGGCAUCAAGUAAGCAGAGGCCAAGGAUGUGGCUUAGAAUCUAACAAUACACAGGAUAACCCCCUAUAACAAAGAAUUAGCCAAUCUGAAAUAUUAGUAGUGCUGAGGUUGAGAAACCAUGUUCUAGACGCUUCUACUGAACUUUUAAUCCACCUUGUACUCUGCUGAGAAACCAAUAUCACUAAACCAUCACAUUUCUUCUUCAUUCCUAAACUCCAGUAGCUCCUCACCACCUGGGAGACUAAAUUUGUCCUUGUCAUCCUGGCAUUUAGCUCCUGGGGGAUUCUGCCCACGUACACAUUCAUUCUCUGCUUCUUUCAAGUUUUUAUCUCUACCAUCCUCCACACUACCAUCCUUUAACUGAUGUUACCCCGCAAACACACAUUUUGGGAAGAUCCUCCCCACCUUUCUCCUCAGAUCCAAAUCUUACUCAUUCUUUGAAGCCCACACAUGCCACAUGCCCCUCUACCAUUGAGUCUGCCUAUACCACUGCCUUUUGCACUUACACAGGCUCACCCAUCUUCCACUGUUAUAUUGCUGUUCUCACGUCCUCAGUUACUCCCUGAAGGGGUCCCUAUUGUAUUUCUGGCCUAUUAAUCUCAGUUUCCACAGUGUAAAGUGUGAAAAUUGUAUUUGUGUAUUGAGACUGUCUUGUAUUGAGAGUCAAAUGAGAUAAUGGGUAUGAAAAGCACCCUAUAUACGGCCUGGUACACAAUUUUAAGUGCUUAGAAAAUUAUAGUAUCAUAGUAUCUAUAGAAGUACGCAUUUAGCCUCCCAUAAAACGUGCUUAAUAAACCAUUUAAAUAUAGUUAUAUACUGGAGAGAGCAUGCCACGCAGACUAGUCUGGUAUUUGGAACUAACAGCAAAGAAAAACUUCCAUAGAAAUCCUACACCGAUUAACACGCCUUCAUGCUAGACUGAAUCCAAGAGCAGGGGUGUCACGUUUUCCCAGAGUGGUGCCCAACCCAACCUUUCUGCAUUUAGCAAGUUAAUGAACAGCUUGUAAAUAACUCUUUGCCCACUCUGGCCCAGUUUAGAAGGCCACCAAUAGACUAUCAGUAUGCCACAAUGUCUGCUUUGCUGGGGACCCUGCUGUAUUCUCCCCAAGUGCUUCUGCUUUCAGCUGGUGGAGAGUCUGAUGGCCUAGAGAAGCUGCACAGUGGGAUGAGGCCAAGGCGAGGGCCUGGCCUUUCCCCAGGCGGAAGAGAGCCUUGUCUCAGAUCCUGAGAGAGAAGUGAGUGGGGGCAUGGCAUUCCGAGCAGCCCAGGUUUGGCUUUGGGCCAGGCACUGAGUGGCAAACAAGAAGGAACACAUUCCGGGAAGGCAAGGAGCCCUGCCAGCACGAAGGCGGUGGCAAAUGCAGGGCCCUGCUGGGCGCCAGGUGCUCCUUGGCUCUAUGGAGGUCAGGCACACAGGGGGAUGAACUCAGGUUUCUCUGGAUUAUCAUUUCAGAGACUUAAUGCCUCCCGCCUUCUCGCUGUCAGUGGACAGAGCAUAUGGAACUGUUAAAUGUUAAAACUCUCUGCUCUGGGGUCCUGCACUCUCUAAAUAAAGAUAGGAGGGGAAA